AUGGGAACGUUUCGCGUGUUAUGCUUGCACGGUUUCGGCCAGGACGCUCUCAAGUUUCGCAACCGCAUCUCGUCGCUCCGACGAGCACUCAAGUCCAGCUUUGAUUUUGUGUUCCCGGAAGCUCCAUUCCUGGUGACCAGCUUUCCAAAUUCAACACCAGAGGAGCAGGCCAAAAUUGCUGAAGCGGAGCCGACGUAUAAGUGGUGGGACUUCGAGAUCGAUGAGGAGUCAGGCAAGCACACGUAUGGACGCGUGGACGAGGCUGAUUACCUUGCGGAGUUUGUGCGUAAGGAAGGCCCUUUUGACGGCAUCUUCGGCUUCAGCCAGGGUGGCAUGACGGCCAAUCUGCUCUUACAGCGGCAGUGUGCUGACCCAAACAACUCGCCGUUCUCGUUCAAAUUCGCUUUGUUCUUCGCUUCCUGUGACCUUGGGGAUCCGUUAUAUAACAACCCAAAGGUUUUCGUGCACCCUGGAGGUCACUUUAUCCCGACCAACAAGGAGGCAAAAGAUGCGCUGCGAGAAUUUGCCCAAGAAAUGGCUGCAGCUCACGGCGCAAAGUAG